ACUCAUUCUUACUGGUCAUUGCCACUAAAACUUCUGUUUAUUAGUCUCCUGCUGCUGCUUCUGCUUCUGCUUCACUCACACUUUCAUGGCUUCCCAUUCGUCAGGGCUUAGCCUCUCUUUCAUAUUCCCAUUCCUUCUUCUUCUUCUUCUCUCCAUGACCAUAAACACACAAGGCAAGCACCUCUCCUUCUCAUCAAUAAGAGAAGCCACGGUGAGCGACAUCCAGCUUGCUUUUCGCAGGAACCAACUCACCUCCAGGCAGCUCGUUGAGUUCUACGUUCGCGAAAUCCACAGGCUCAACCCUAUUCUCAAGGGGGUCUUGGAGCUCAAUCCUGAUGCCCUAGCCCAGGCUGAUAGGGCCGAUCGACAACGACGUCGAAGUGCAGGACGUCCUUUGCCACGCUUGCACGGAAUCCCGAUUCUGGUGAAGGACAACAUAGCAACCAAGGAUAAGAUGAACACAACGGCCGGGUCGUAUGCGCUUCUGGGCUCUGUGGUGCCUAGAGAUGCAGGGGUGGUCUCCAAGUUGAGGAGAGCUGGGGCUGUCAUAUUAGGGAAGGCUACUUUGAGCGAGUGGUCCUAUUUCAGGGGAAGUAAUUUACCCUCUGGUUGGAGUGCUAGAGGUGGACAAGGCAAGAAUCCAUACACAAUGAGUGAUCCUUGCGGGUCUAGUAGCGGAUCUGCAAUAUCAGUAGCAGCAAAUCUUGUAACUGUGUCUCUUGGUACUGAGACUGAUGGCUCCAUUUUAUGUCCUUCGGAAUAUAACUCUGAAGUGGGCAUCAAACCAACCGUUGGUCUCACUAGUAGAAACGGCGUAGUUCCCAUCACCCCCAGACAAGACACAGUAGGACCUAUUUGCAGGACUGUAUCAGAUGCUGCAUGUGUUCUUGAAGCCAUUGCAGGCGAGGACUUUAGGGAUAAGGCAACCAUUGAAGCAUCGAAGUAUGUCCCAAAAGGUGGAUAUGUUCAGUUUCUGAGAAUAGAUGGCUUAAGAGGAAAGAGAGUUGGAAUAGUGAGACGCUUCUACGAUUUUGGCAGUGAUACUUUCUGGCAGAAAACUUUUGAGCAACACCUGAAGACAAUAAGGCAACGAGGCGCUGUUUUGGUUGACAAUUUGGUGAUAGAUAACAUUGAUGAACUCUUUAAUGGCUCAAGUGAAGACAUUGCAAUGUCAAUUGAAUUCAAAGUAUCCCUGAACUCAUACCUUAAAGACCUGGUUGCUUCCCCAGUGAGAACCUUGGCAGAUGUAAUUGCCUUCAACAAGAAACAUGCAAAAUUGGAGAAACUUGAUGAGUAUGACCAGGACUCUAUGGUGGAAGCUCAAAAGACAAAUGGAAUGGGAAAAACAGAAAAGGAAGCAUUAUUAAACAUGACAAGGUUGUCGCAGAAUGGAUUUGAGAAACUUAUGAAAAUGAAUAGACUAGAUGCAGUGGUGAUCCCUGGUUCAGGCUUUAGUCGUGUACUUGCCAUUGGAGGUUAUCCUGGAAUUGUUGUGCCUGCAGGGUACAAGAAGGACCAGCCAUUCGGGAUUUGCUUUGGUGGGUUGAGAGGCUCAGAGCCAAAGCUUAUUGAAAUUGCUUAUUCAUUUGAACAAGCUACCAAGGUCAGGAGGCCACCUCCGCGCAUUCAUAAGCUAAAAGCUUAAGUUAAAGUGAACAGAGGAUGCCGUUGUUUGUUGCAGUCAUCGCUUCCCAUUUCUCAGAAUUUGUGUGUUGUCGCCAUCACUUUCCAACAAUCUGAAUCCAGUGCUAGUAAAUUCUUGUUCAGUUCGUAAUUAUUUUUCAUGGUCAUCUGUGAAUAAAGCAAUUCAAUUACAAAUAUUGAGAUUUGAGACACUUCAAUUAUAAAUAUUAUUGCCUUUUGGUCAAUUCAUCUGGCGGACAGGGCUAUCAAGGUCGUCUUUCGGCUGGUUGACCACUGAUUGCAACCUGAGAUUGUCACGUUAA